UGAACAUUGACGUCCCUGAAACAUUUUCAUUUUUUAUUAUAUAGCGUACUUUGAACAUUGACGUCCCUGAAACAUUUUCAUUUUUUAUUACAUAGAGUACAAACUGGGAUUUUAAAUACAAGAACUUGUGCAUUGCAUUUCUUCUAAGAGAUCAAACAAAAAGGUUCAAGCAGCAAAAGCAUUAUUCACUUCCAUGGCUAUUGCUACUACCUUAAUCUUCUUCCUCAUACUUCUCUCUGUAUCAUUGCAUUUGCAUACAAAUACAGUACAAGCUCAACAACAAAGACACUCAAAUAUAACCCUGGGUUCCUCUCUAACCCCUACCACCAACUCCUCAUGGUUGUCAGUGUCUGGUCUGUAUGCCUUCGGAUUCUACCCAGAAGGCAAUGGCUAUUCUGUCGGUGUCUUUCUCGCUGGAAUUCUAGAGAAGACUGUAGUCUGGACAGCCAACCGAGACAACGCCCCAGUCCCAAGCAGUGCAACCUUAGUCUUAACUAGGGAUGGAAGGCUCGUCCUACAACAACCUCAAAGCCAGGACACUGACAUCGCUAACCUUACUCAAUCUGCUUCUUAUGCAUCUAUGCUCGAUUCGGGCAACUUCGUGCUCUACAAUUCCGAUCACAACAUAAUUUGGCAAAGUUUUGAUCACCCAACAGACACCAUUUUGCCCGGCCAGAUUCUGUUAGCCGGGCAUGAGUUGUUUUCUAGGGCUUCAGAAACCAACUAUUCGACGGGGAUUUUUCGUCUCUCGAUGCAACAAGACGGGCACCUCGUCCAAUACCCGGUUUCUGCGCCAUCUUAUACGGCCCCAUAUUCUUAUUGGGCAUCUGGCACGAAUAUGUAUGGAGAUAAUUGCUCGUUGCAUCUCGACGGUGACGGCCAUCUCUACAUGCUCAAUGCGACAGGCACCACCAAUGUAAAAAAUUUAUCUGAUGCAGAACCUACAAAGGAAGAAAAGAUUUACAGGAUGACAAUCGAUGUGGACGGAAUCUUCAGAGUGUAUUCAUUAGGACGUACCAAUCCGAAAGAAAAGUGGUCCAUUUGGUGGAACUCUUCUACGGAUAAGUGUGAUCCUAAAGGUCUAUGCGGGCUUAAUGGGUUCUGUAUUUCAAAUGAUACAGAGGCCGACUGUAGAUGUCUUCCGGGAUUUGCUUCUGUUAAUCCGAGUAGUUGGGCUUCUGGGUGCAUGAGAAAUUUCACUGUAGAAAGCUGCAAUUUCACAAAUGGGGACGGCAAUACCAAAUAUUACAAGAUGAGCCCAUUAGAAAAUACUAUAUGGGAUGAUGAUUCGUAUUCGGUGCUACAAUUGAGUUCCAGAAAAGAAUGUGAAGAUGCCUGUCUGCAAGACUGUAACUGUGAAGCUACACUAUACAAAGACCAGCAGUGCAAAAAGCAAAGGCUUCCUUUGAGAUUCGGAAGACGAUUGCUAAAUGAUUCAAACGUUGCCUUCAUCAAGGUGGGUGAAUCUAUUUCAACAAACACAGAAGGUGUUCCGACUCAUAGUGACAAUACACCCAAGAAACCAAAGAAAGAGUUGAGACUGGACAUCCUAAUCAUCGGUGUUUCACUUGUUGUUUUUUCUUUGAUGAUGUUGGCGAUUUCAGGUGUACUUAUGUACAGAAACCAUGUUUGGGCAUAUAAAAAAAAUUCUGCAAAAAGGAAUGUUGAGUUGUGUGAGGAAUCUGCUCUAAGAACUUUUACUUUCGCAGAAUUAGAACAAGUUACAAAUGGGUUCAACCAAGAAUUGGGUAGAGGAGCGUUCGGGACUGUUUUUAAAGGAUUCAUAUCAGGCAACCAAAAGGAUGUAGCUGUGAAGAGGUUAGACAAAGUAUUGACAGAGGGUGAACAAGAAUUUCAAACAGAGAUAAGAGUAAUUGGGAGAACCCAUCAUCGGAACCUAGUUCGACUGAUUGGUUAUUGCCUCGAAGGACCUAACAGACUUUUGGUAUACGAGUACAUGCGUAAUGGAUCCCUUGCAGAUUUCCUUUUCACACCCGAAAUUGAAAAUCGACCAGAUUGGGAUGAAAGGAUUGGAAUUGCUCUUGACAUUGCCAGAGGCAUACUCUACUUGCAUGAAGAGUGCGAGUCACAGAUCAUCCAUUGUGAUAUAAAGCCACAAAAUAUAUUGAUUGGUGGGCACGGGUGCACCAAAAUCUCUGACUUUGGCUUGGCAAAGCUUUUGAAGCCGAACCAAACAAAAACUUUCACAAUGAUUAGAGGAACAAGGGGUUAUGCUGCGCCUGAGUGGCACCGAAAAUCGCCAGUAACAGUCAAAGUAGAUGUUUACAGUUUCGGAGUUAUGCUGUUGGAGAUCAUAUGUUGUCGAAAGUGUUUAGAGUUGAGUUUUAGCGAGGAAGAAAUUGUCCUUGAAGAAUGGGUUUAUGAUUGCUUUCACACCAAGGAACUUGGUAAGCUGGUGGGUAAUGAAGAUGUCGACAUGAGAAAAUUGGAAAGAACGGUUAAAGUAGGCCUUUGGUGCAUUCAAGAUGAGCCGUCGCUCCGUCCUUCAAUGAAGAAAGUUUUAUUAAUGCUAGAAGGGACUGUAGACAUUCCGAUUCCUCCCAGUCCUACUUUUUUCUAAGUGCCAUAUAAAUCUUUCUCAUUGUUAUCAAUUGAUAAAGAACGCGUUUGAUGCAUCUACGAUCCGUCUAGCUCCUUCAAUGAAGAAGAAGAAAGUUCUUGUUGAUGUUUUGUCCAAAUUGAUUCUAAAUAUGGGCUUCAUCAUUCUUUUCAAUUCGUCUCCUUGUACAAUUUUCUUGGAUAUUGUUUACAAUUGAUUCAUAGUGAAUCUUAGGCACUAGACAUGUCACAAUUUUACAAUCAAUUAUGCAACUGAUGAGGACCAAAUUUGUAUUGUGCAAUGGAAUGUGAAAUUGUAGUACAUAUCUAAUACUUAAAAGAUCCACUUUGAAUAGAUUGCACAAUUUAUUCACAUCCAACCAAAUUGCACAAGUAUGACGAUGGAUUGUGCCUAUAGAGUCACCCAAAUUGCACCAGCCAAUUGAUUAGUAGUUUAUUAGAGAAUGUAUGAACAAAUCGUAUUAGCCAUUUGAUUG